UUGAUGCUAGUGAUAGGUGAUUUUCGGUGCCGCUGCAGCUCAGCAGAUGAGUGAGGGACCAGGCAGGCGACAACGUUCAAACUUCCCUUAACUUAGUCGGGACCACCCAGCGACUGGACUUUCUUCACCCCCAAACAUGGCAUCGUUAAUUGUCCGCCACCGUCACUAGUUUCAACGGCUUAGGAGCGGAAGUGAGGGAAGGGGGAAGUUGUGAGUAGUUAGAGGAGAAAAUUAAGCCCCUGUAAAGUUAUCUUUCCUCAGCCAAGUUCAGGUAACAAAAUCCCGCCUUUGUGGAGGUAGCGUGUCCGUGGAGUGGUAGUGGGCAUGGACACCCACGUCAAAGAGGGACAACUGUAUGUACAGCAUCAAAAGUUUGGAAAGAAAUGGAAGAAGAAUUGGUUUGUCCUGUACCCCGCCAGCCAAAAUGGCAUCGCCCGUCUAGAAUUCUACGACGCGCCCUCGGGCGGAGGGGGCGGAGGGGGCGGAGGCUCGGCCAGCGGAACCAACGAGAAAACAAGAAAGCUGGACAAGAAGAUAAUCCGCCUUUCUGAGUGCAUUUCCAUCCUGCCUGCGCUGACAGAGAGCUGUCCCAAAGAGAACAUGGCAGCCUUCUGCGUGGAAACCAACGACAAGAACCAUGUGUUUGCUGCGGAGAAGAACGCAGCCAAGGACUGGAUGGAUACCAUGUGUGACAUCGCAUUUCAGGGAGGAAGUGGCAGCAGCAGCAGCACUGCUGCUGACUCUAAUGGAGGACUCCAGGACAUGCAAAUGUCAGAAAACCUCAUCUACUACUCCAGAGAGGAAGUGAAUGAGUUCUGGGUGAACAUUCAGCGCACUGAGGCGUCCGAGCGCUGUGGGCUGGCAGGAAGCUACUGGCUGAAAGCAGAAAGUGACAUUUUGAUCUUGAAGGAGCCCAAGACCAAGAGGAAGAUUCUGGUGUGGCCCUACAAGCUGCUGCGGAGAUACGGCAGAGACCGGGUGAUGUUUUCAUUCGAGGCGGGUCGGCGCUGCGACUCAGGUCCCGGCAAUUUCACCUUCGAGACCAAGCAGGGCAACGAGAUCUUCAUGCUGGUGGACCAGGCCAUCCAGUCACAGAAGGCACUGGCUGAGGAUCACCACCUCAACUCCGACCCAGAAUGCCCUCCGUCGCUGCUGUACAUACGCAACGCCGGUGCCAUUACGGGAAGUGGCGACAGCAGCAGCUCCAGCAGUCGAGAGGCAGACGGAGAUUCGGGUGGCAGCAAACCGGGGUCUGCUGAUGGAGUGCUGGGGAAGAGAGAGGUGGGAGAUGGAGGAGGAGGAGGAGGAGGAAGAGGGCAAGGGAGUGGAGCAGCAGGAGGACUAAAAGGUAGAUGUUUACCUGAACCACCAGCUAUGUUGGGAGUUUUGGCUGGAGGUGCGACUCCUCCACGAUCGCCCAGAGGGCAGGCGGCAGCGAAAGGUCAAUCCUCAGCUGAUGAGCACGCACAUCUUUAUUCUGAACCAGCUGACUCGGUCCGUCUGCCUCUGUACACCGCAGACUGCCUCUACUCUGACCCGGUGGACAGCAUCAAGGGGCAAAACCAAACCAGUAAUUCAUCCAACCCUCCGGUGCCAACCCCGCGGCUCCGGCCGGUAGGAGACGAGGCCAGUGCAGGGGGUGUUCAAGGGGAUCAGCCCAACCACAGGAAGCCACCAGACCUGUACUCACAUGUGUAUGACCAGAUCAACAUGGAGCUGAACCAGAAAACCAGUGUUCUGAGUUUGAAUGGGGGAGGAAGAGGGGUAAAAAGUAAAAAGCGACCACCAGGGGGACAAGCAGAGGGAGUGUCUCUUGCCCUUCUUCCAGAUCACAUAUACGAUGAACCGGAGGGCUGCGCAAGCUUGCCCGCUACUUUAGGGAUGACGAUUUACAGUGAGUCACGUUUGGAGCCUCAUAGCCAGAGAAAGCAGGAGGAGGCUGUAGCCUUGUCAGGAUCAGAGGGGUAUCUCAACACCGCGGCCCAAGCAAAGUCCCCCGAGCCCCACAGGCUGUCCCCACCACAGCUCGGCCCGAGACGCGGCACACAGCAUCCGCCAGCGCCAAAGGGACGCAAACCGCUCACCGCUCCCAAACCGGGAAGGGACAUGUUUGGGCGGAAGGAGCCGGUGCCACUGCCCCCCGGCAAACCUGGAGCACCGGGCAGCAAUGUGAAUAACAACAACAACAACAUUUGGGGAGGAAAUGGUGAAGCAGAGGGGAGGGAGCUGUACAGCAAAGUGUCAAAACAGAAACGUCUCCCUGCGAACUCAUGGUAUAGCCAGCACCACCAGGCACCACUCAGAUCGCCAGAUAUCAUUUAUGAUAACUUGGGAGAUAUUUGACAUUUUUAAUUCUACAUGAAAUCAAUCAUCUAUAUUUUUCAGAAAGAAAGAAAAAGAGGACAGAUUCUGCUCUUUGUUCUUGCAGGUUUUUGUUUUGCAGGAAGAACGCACAUUUUCUGAUUUCCAUCUUUGGACUGGAAUAUUUUUUGGAGAUAGUCGAUCCAGUUUGAGUGGAUUGAGAGAAAACCACAUUAUGGCUGAAAUUCAUGCAACUAUUGUAGGCCCACCCUGUGCGUGCGUGCGUGCGUGUGUGUGUGUGCGUGUG